GUCGAUUUGAUUGACGUCUCUAAGUAGCGGCACUGGUUACGAGCUGAGCGACGAUUCCAUAAUAUUCUUUAUUUUCGCCACACUCCAAAUAAAUAAAAGAACAAAAUGUCGUUCGUCAGAAAUGCUCGCCUCUUGGCCAAGCGCGGCGCUCGCCUCAGUCUGAAUCGGUCCUACUCGGACGACAUGAAGCUGACCUUCGCUGCUGCUAACAAGACUUUCUUCGAUGCCGCAGUUGUGCGACAAAUCGAUGUGCCCUCUUUCAGCGGCUCUUUUGGUAUUCUAGCCAAGCAUGUGCCCACAUUGGCUGUGCUGAAGCCUGGUGUUGUCCAAGUCACCGAAAAUGAUGGUAAAGUUACAAAGUACUUUGUAUCCAGCGGUUCAGUGACCGUCAACGAGGACUCUUCAGUGCAGGUGCUCGCAGAAGAGGCACACAAUAUCGAGGACAUCGACGUCAGCGAGGCCAGGCAGCUGCUUUCCAAAUACCAGUCAGAGAUGAGCUCCGCUGCAAGCGACAAGGCCAAGGCAGAAGCUGCCAUUGCCGUGGAAGUCGCUGAAGCGCUUGUCAAAGCUGCCGAAUAAAUU